GUUCAACAGGUAUGCUUGGUUGUUGUGCCAACUGCCACAGUUCACAUGGGGUAAACAACCCAAACGUAUGUUUGGAGGAGCUGAUUUGUAUCACCUGGAUAUGCAAAGUUUGUGAAGAGCAAAGAUGACUUCUGACGCAGAGAGAGAUAGACCUGCUGGCAGUUACAGUAGCUUUGGUCCUAUCAAGGAGAAGAACAAAGUAAUAAAAUGUAACUCACAACCCUUUUUAAAGCCAAAUUUUGCUCAGGUAAGAUACUCAUUAAAGCUACCAAAAUCCUAAUACCAGGGUGCAGUGUUUUCCCGGAUUGUCCCCGACUCCGCGCCACUACAUAAAAAAAAGUUUCUGCCAAGUACAAGGCACAUUCGCACAAUGAUCUGGUCUCAGUAGAUACCUUUACUCUGUUGGUUGUUAUGUCAUAUUUGGAAGCUCAAUCUGUACAUUUUCCCUCCAAGAAUCUCACCAGAAGUAACCAUUUUACUUUUCCGGGGGGGCAUGCCCCCGGACCCCCCCUAGCGUUGCUAGGUUACCAAAUCAGAGCACCACUGCUACAAAGAAAUCUAGGGGAAACACUGAGGGUGUGAAUUACAGGGGGGGGGGGGGGUCAUGAUCCAGAAAACAAAAUUGUGUUUUGAAAAGAGGUUGAGGGACUUCUGCAUAACACUGGAGCACUAGGUGGUGGGACAGAUUGCUGCCAGAUAUUUCGCACAUGUACACUAAAUUUUUUUUUAGCAGUUUGGUUAUUAAUAGUUGAUUGUUGAUUUAAGAAAUGCAAAACAAGGCUUGGAUAUGCUGUCAUUUAUUGUCUGUGUUGUUGUAUGACUUACAAAGGAGCCAAUACAGCUUAUGAAAAAAGUCAGCAAAAUGCUACAAUCAAAGAGUGUGGACUCCACUGCACCGGAACCUGUGGACUUUACCCUGGAUGAAUCUAAACUCAUACUCAGAGAUAUUGCUCAGGAACUGGACCGGAUAAUGCAGACGAGAGAUCUCUCACUGUCAACCAAUGUCUGUGAAGAUGGGUCUAGUCUGGAGGAGCGACAGGCAUUCCUUCUUCAGUUGGCUCAGGCCCUCCCGCCAAAAGCACAUGCCCCAGAGAUGCUCCAAGGACAAACAGCAGUGUUGAGCCCAUGCAGUAAUGGGCUGGAGGAGAACAGGGGAGAAGCUUGUACACCAAAGCCUGAAGAGGGCAAAAGACUGAAGAAGGCCAUUGCUGAUCUUUCUACAUUGAGCUGGAUUCUGAAAGGGAUGGAAGACGACUCGGUCUGUCUGGAUACGGAUGUGGAUGAGGUGGUGAAAGAGAUGUUCAAACUGUGGAAGAAGGGCAAACUGCCCAACAUACUCCCUGUGCUGGACUUUGUUAUCUUGAGUAUCCUCAAGCAGGAAGGACAAAAGCUGUCUAUUGCAAAACAUUGGAACAGAAAUCAAGAUUUCUUCAAAAGUGAAGCUUAUCCACAACAUGCUCCAGAUUCUGUAUGGAAAUGGAUUACCAAGACUAGAGUUGAGAUCAGACUAGACCCGUCUACCGCAAACCCUUGCCUGAAGAUAUCCGAAGACGGGAGAGCGGUGAAAAUGGACAAGAUCGUGGAGAACGUCUACGACCCAUGGAAAGACUUCAGAAGAACCAAACAACGAUAUGACGGCUGGUGGUGCGUGUUGGGCAGAGAGGGCUUUGCUUCCGGAAGGCACUACUGGGAGGUGGAUGUCAGAGGCAAGAUUGAGUGGAGGGUGGGGGUGGUCAGGGAGUCAGCUCCCCGAAAUGGCUUCAAAAGUCUGAACGAGAGAACCUACCACUGGACUUUAAAAUUGCAAUUGGGCCGGCUCAUUGCCAUGACGGUUCCAGUCACCAAGCUAGCCAGAUGUGCACCCAGUGUGUUGGGUGUGUUCCUUGACAUGGAGGAGGGAACUGUGUCCUUCUACGAUGUGAGAAACAAGUUCCAUAUCUACUCGUUCAAUGUCAGUUUCGAUCUUGAUGAAAAGAUUUUCCCUGUGUUUGGCACCGUUGAGACGGGGAAAGAGAUGCGCAUCUUGAAUUGAAAUGAAUUGCAUUGCAUUUAGAUGUGUGUAAAUGAUGACUGGAAUUGGACAACUGAAAAAUUCAUAUCAAUAGCACUUAUAUACUAUAUUAUAAGAACAAAGUAGGUUGUGUGUGAGCUUUAAAAAUAGUUUUUGCCCUAAUCCUGGUAGCCGGAACAGCCUUUGCUACAUUUCAUUUGUUGUUGUUGAACACACAUCACACAUGUUGGUCCAAUAAUUUAAACCAGUCUCAUGCACACAAGCUACUUAAAAAAUCAGAACUCACAGACCUUGUUAAAAGUAGUCAAGUAGGUUUACUAAAACAUUUUCUUUAAAUAUGUACAUAAUAAGACUAAGAUAUUAUUAGUCGUUGCAUAUUGUGGGGGACAAGUUGCAUGCACUUCACUUGUAGAUGGCAUCGCAACCUAAAAAUCUCAGCACAGACUCUCCAUAACAUUCUAAACAUGGCUGGAUCACUGCCACUCUCAGAUUGAAGUGACAGAUUAUAGACAUUCUGCACUUUUAGGAUUGGGGUGAAAAAAAUAAUAAUCUCACCACUGUAGCCUACCUUAGGCAUUUGCCACUUUGAGUUUUCCCCCCAUUUCUUAGAAGUAAUGCUUUCCUCUCUAACACAGAGAGACACUACUCUUCAGCUGGGCCGGUUCAUGGCCAUGACGUUGCCAGUCAAUAAUGGUUUCACUUUGUUUGGCACCAUAGAUAUGGGGAUACACAUCUCACAAUUACACCGCUUUGUGUGGUCACAUGAAUUGGCACAACUGAAAGUCAAGUCAUAUUAGGCCAACGUUACCACCACAAUGCAUGAGACUGGUUUGAAUUAUUGAACUGGGUGUGAUAUCACGCAAGAGAAAAAAGCAGUGCAGUUUAUUGUAAGACAGAAAAAUGAAGAUUAGCUGUGUGCGUCAUCGCUCCUUUCCUACUGCAUCACUGCCUAAACAAGUGAGCCAUACAAAUAUAUCAACCUUGAAAUUCUGAGUCAUUUUAUAAUUUAUCUCGGGUAAAAAAAUAAUAAUUCUGUUGAAAUCCUACAUAGAAUAGUUAACUUUGACAUUUAUCUACAGCAAUUUAACCACCCCACCUUUAGUUUGUAAGCAUCCAUGUAUCGUGACAAUGAUGAUAUUUCCUCCUCUUACCUGAAGAGGGCAGCCUGGUGCAGCGCACUGCACAGUCAUUCAGCCUAUAAAAAACAUUAAUGUCUUAAUCCAGAAGGAAAUCCCUUCGUGUUUACUGCAUGCCGAAAUCGAAUAUAUUAAACAUAAAAAAAUAUGAAAUAGUCCUCCUUUCCACAACAAUGUUCUUUACUUAAAAAAAGAAAGUAAAAAAAGUAUCCUUUACAAAAUGUAAAACUUCUGAACCCCUGUUCCACCACCAGGGGUUUGAGCACUAGUGAUGACCAGACAUGUUCCCUCGCACGCUCAUCGACAGCCGCACUCAUCCACCACCAUGUCCUGGGGGGUAUUCCAUCAACCAAGCUAAAGGCAAAGCCGGGCUUAUUUCUCUUAGCCUCGCUACUUUCAGCUAGAGUUGCGUUCCAUCAACGUGACUUAAGGGAAUCCCCACUAAGUAACCAUGGCAAUUUAUCCGACCAAAUGAACCUGGUCGGUAGCAGGCUAACUGUCAGGCUUACUAGAGCUGUGCUUCAGAGAAGUCCCAUCUGUCGGAAACAAGUGUACCAUCAGAAGGUUACGCAAAGCCUAGUCCUCACGAUUUAGUCAUAAAUGUACAUAUAUGAAGUACAAACAGCCUAUGUUUUCAGUAAGGGUCUAAAAUUAAAUGAUGCAAAUGAAAUAAUUCAAUGAAUUGCUAUCUAUUGUUAUAGUGGAUAUUUUCUAAACACAUUUUUAGACAAAUUAAUGUAUAUUCUGAACCAGAAGUUGGGUGAGUGGUCCAGUAUCUGCCCUGUAGUACGGGCGACCUGAGUUCGUCCUGGGCAGGUCAUUGAAUUCUUGCUGUUGGCUUAUUUUUGUAAUUUCCUUUAUAUCAGAGAAAUGAGGCCUAACAAUUGACUUUUUUCAUAAUAAAUAUGUCUUACAAUAUCCCUAGACCCCAAAUAUAACUUGCAAAAACCCAUGGUAAAGUUAAUGUUAAUAUUAAUGUUACUGAUAAUGAUAAGACACUGCUUCAUGGGAAAUUGCAGCCGCAUAAAUUCCAUUCAGAUGAGUUUCUCGGCAGGCAGCCAAGACCACUUUUGUUGAGAAAAAUACUCCAAAGAAAAUACUCCUUCCUAAAAUACUAAUUAGAUGGGGAUUGAGCCCCGGACGACCGAGUGCAAGUCUGACACGUUACCUCAAGACUAUCUCCCUGAUUACUAAUCUAUGGUCAAUAUUACAUUUAAAUAUGUUACGCUUAAUACUACUUAUUCAUUCAAAAGAUUGGCGAUUUUAUUGGUUACGGUGUUCCCUUUUUGAGUUAUUAUAUGCUUGUAGUCCUCAUAGACCUCCACAAGCAGCUUCUGUUCGCCGCUGGAAAAGAUCCCGCUCGGUCCUAUUUGGACAUUUGAUCCAUUAUUUGACAUUCACGGUUCUGGGCCGGUUACAUAUCUCGUGAGCGUGCGCAAUCCACAAUACUGUUAGCCUGGCUUGAACUAACCUGAGCAAGGCGCGGCUGAACUGGGUUGAUGGAACGGCUUGAGCCUCUAGUGGAAGUUGGCGUUAGUUCUAACCGGGCUUAAUCAACUAAGCGCCGCUUUCGUUAGCGACUUUGAUGGAAUACCUUUUGGUAGUGCCGCAGCACCACGUUGUUGUUGUUGUCAUAGUACAGCAUGGAGAUGGGCUAGAGGCGGAGGUCCCGCUAGCACGGCUGCGUUGGUCCAGAGCGGCUCGAAGUACCUUGACACGUCGAUGGUCCGGGGCCCCAGGAAAAACUCUGGGGCCUUGAGCACCUGACCACUGAAACUUGACCUCCAGCCGGGCCAGAGAGAGCUGCUCCACAGGCUGCAGGACGACACGUUGAAGAACAUCUGCUCCUCCACGCAGUCCUGGCCGCCCCAGAAAGACACCAACCUGCCUGCAAUACAGGAAAAUGACUUAGCUCAACCAUGUGGGCCUCCAGAUUAGGGUGACAAGAUUUCUGAAGAGAAAAACAAGGUAUUUGUAGUUUGGUGGUCCAUAUGUCAACAAAAUAUCUGAUAUCAUUUCUGAAAUGAAUAAAAAGGGACAUUGGCUGCUCGGUUCAUAUUAAAUGUAGAAGGCCAACUACAGUAAAAUAUUUGGCAGUACAUGCAAAUGGGUUUAAUAGCCUAUGUUGCAUUUGACGCUUUCGUAAGACCAAAAACCAGCAAAAGUAAGCAUCUUGAAUGAGUAAUAGUAUUGUUGAUUGAUAGCCCAUGUUUAUGAUCUGCCCUGCCUGCUUAGACGUGUGUGUGUGUGUGUGUGUGUGUGUGUGUGUGUGUGUGUGUGUGUGUGUGUGUGUGU